CAUAGUCUCAUAGUCUCAGAAAAGGUUUGUUUUUUUUUUAACAAACUCUGUCGCAUAACUUGCGUGUCAUUUCGCAGUCUGCAUCGUUCUUACUAACCGGUCUCAUAUCCUUCGAAAGAAUUUGGUGUGCAUUUUGGGAAAAGGUGAUAGGCAAAUAAAGAAGCAGAAGAAGCGCGUACGGAGAUGAGUCACGCGAAUUCAACAACCAUCGGUAUCGAGGACGACAUAUCGUCGCGGAAAACGAUCAUCCUGUGCUACCAUGAUGUAACCGGUUCAAAAGAGAAAAAUGUCGUUGAGCAGAUAGCCAAACAUUUGGAAGAGGCGAAAUUUCCGGUGGAAAGGACCGCGACCGAAGUUGAAAAAGUGUUGCAGUACCCCAGCAGCACGGUUGUGGUGAUCAUGUGUUCUCAUGCAAUCUUCAAUCACAAUGCAUCGUAUUUGGAGACGCUGACGACACGGGCGGAGGAGGCAGCCGCGCAGCACAAGAAUGUGAUAAUAUUUCUGGUCGAAAAAAUUCUUUAUAAGAAAAAGGACAUCGCGGCAGCGCUCGCCAAACUGCCCAAGAACAUCUCCAUCAUCAAAGACACGCCGUGGGAUGAGAAUGGCAUUAACACGAUACAGGCAAAAGCAAUUGCGGACAAGAUUGGCAUGUUGGUUAGGGGCCAAAGCUAACAGGUAGCAGGGACAGCAAUAACCUGUUGUAGCUAACUUGGCCGGAAUGGCAGACGACGGCGCUGAACCGUGAGCGGUAUCGAGGGUUGUUGCAGCAGGCCAAGACCGCAAAGCGGUUGUAGCGCCUGAUAAGUAAGUAAGUAAGCUAACUUGGCCGCAAAGUUGCCGAUGCUCGCUACACUCCUGGUGAAUUCUGGAUCAUUGCAGAUCCAACAUAAAAAAACUGCCUAUCCACGGCUAAAGUCUGAGUAGAACAGAACCCAUGAGUGGAGGGGCCAUCAAUUCAGACCUUAGCCCCAUCCACUGGGUGUCCUUCAAAAGGACUUCAAAAAAGAGAAUUGAAUCUUAGUGGCUAUCCGGAUUACCCAGGGGAAUGAAAAGUUAAAAAAAAUCGGUGUUUGAAGACGACGCUAGUCCAACCUAGUCAUCGUACUUAACACCGGAGAAACAACAGCAGAACCGCCUUAGUCGAUGUUUAAAACCAGACACAACGAAGGAAUCGAGUUUUAAUAAGAGUGGAAAGCUCAAAAAACGUGCCCCGCAGGACCGAUGGCACGGGGCGCGAAGUUAUGAAAAGGGGGGGCCGGGGAUGAAAACGGAAUAUUCGUGAUUCAACCCACGAAACAAUAAGAUCGCACACCUAAUUUUUGUAACUCGCUGUACUCGCUCCGUACUAUUGUAUUAAAUGGAAAUGUCAACGUGCGGAACAAGCUGUGA